AUGGCAGGACGUGGCAUGGCGGGAGCAGCAGCGGCGGCUGCUGACGGCGCACUUUGGUCCGCGCGAUGUGGAAUCACUGGCCAUGAGCUGCCGCUGGACACCGACAACGGCUUCACAGGGACGCCCCUGCGCUGGGUGCAAGAGCGAGUGCUCAAGGACGCGCCUGCAGGCGAGAAAUGA